GCGUAACGAGUGGGCUAACUCUUAAAAACGCUUUUGCCUACCUCUCAUUGUCUCCAAAACCCACGUACCUUUCCCUCCUAGCCUCCAUUCAUCUCCACUUUCUGUCGCUAACCAUACAAACCUGGCCACCAUGGAAGCUACCGCCGGAAUGGUGGCUGGCUCCUACAACAGGAAUGAGCUUGUUCGAAUUCGCCACGAUUCGGAUAGUGGGCCGAAACCCUUGAAGAAUAUGAAUAGUCAAAUCUGUCAAAUAUGUGGGGAUACUGUCGGGUUAACAGCCAAUGGUGAUGUCUUUGUAGCUUGCAAUGAGUGUGCUUUCCCGGUUUGUCGUCCUUGUUAUGAAUACGAGCGAAAAGAUGGGAUACAAUCUUGCCCACAGUGCAAGACUAGAUACAAAAGGCACAAAGGGAGUCCUCGAGUGGAGGGGGACGAUGAUGAGGAUGGUGUGGAUGAUCUUGAGAAUGAAUUCAAGUAUGGCCAAGGAGAUAAUAGGGCGAGACAACAGUGGGAAGAAGAUGCCGACCUCUCUUCAUCUUCUAGACAUGAUUCUCAGCAACCAAAACUCGAGAGAUAUCAUGAUCUGUCUGGUGAGAUUCCAUGUGCUACACCUGACACUGAAUCUGUUCGAACUACAUCAGGUCCUUUGGGUCCGUCUGAAAAGUUUCAUUCACUACCCUAUAAUAAUCCAUGGCAGCCAGUUCCGGUGAGGAUUGUGAACGCAUCCAAAGAUCUGAACUCUUAUGGCCUGGGUAAUGUUGACUGGAAAGAGAGGGUUGAGGGGUGGAAGCUCAAGCAGGAGAAAACUAUGGCGCCAUCAACUAGUAGAUACACUGAUGGGAAGGGAGACAUGGAAGGGACUGGUUCCAAUGGAGAUGAACUUCAAAUGAUUGAUGAUGCUCGACAGCCUUUGAGUCGGGUGGUGCCCAUUCCUUCUUCUCAUGUGACCCCUUAUCGUGUUGUGAUCAUACUCCGACUCAUUAUUUUGGGUUUCUUCUUACAAUAUCGUACAACUCACCCUGUGGAAGGUGCAUAUCCCCUCUGGCUGACAUCAGUCAUCUGUGAGAUCUGGUUUGCCUUUUCCUGGCUCUUGGAUCAGUUUCCAAAAUGGUCUCCCAUUAAUCGGGAGACUUACGUUGACAGGCUGGCUUUGAGAUGUGAUCGUGAAGGAGAACCAUCACAGUUAGCUCCUGUUGACAUAUUUGUUAGUACAGUGGAUCCCCUCAAGGAGCCUCCUCUUGUUACUGCAAACACUGUUUUGUCAAUACUUUCUGUUGAUUAUCCUGUAGACAAGGUUUCCUGCUAUGUAUCAGAUGAUGGUUCAGCUAUGUUGACCUUUGAAGCUCUAUCAGAAACAGCUGAGUUUGCAAAGAAGUGGGUGCCAUUUUGCAAAAAGCACAACAUUGAACCAAGAGCCCCUGAAUUUUAUUUUUGCCAGAAGAUAGAUUACCUCAAGGACAAGAUUCAGCCUUCUUUUGUGAAGGAACGCCGAGCAAUGAAGAGAGAAUAUGAGGAAUUCAAAGUAUGUAUUAAUGCCCUUGUAGCCAAAGCUCAGAAGAUGCCAGAAGAAGGUUGGACUAUGCAGGAUGGGACUCCUUGGCCUGGAAAUAAUCCUAGGGAUCAUCCUGGAAUGAUACAGGUGUUCUUAGGUCAUAGUGGAGGGCUUGAUACAGAUGGAAAUGAGCUGCCUAGACUUGUUUAUGUUUCUCGUGAGAAGAGACCAGGCUUCCAGCAUCACAAGAAGGCUGGAGCUAUGAAUGCUUUGAUUCGAGUUUCAGCUGUCUUGACUAAUGGUGCAUAUCUCUUGAACGUGGAUUGUGACCACUACUUUAAUAAUAGUAAAGCUCUUAAAGAGGCGAUGUGCUUCAUGAUGGAUCCUGUUCUUGGAAAGAAGACUUGUUAUGUACAAUUCCCACAGCGAUUUGAUGGCAUUGAUGUGCAUGAUCGAUAUGCCAAUCGCAACAUUGUGUUCUUUGAUAUCAACUUGAAAGGUCUGGAUGGUAUCCAGGGCCCAGUCUAUGUUGGAACUGGUUGUUGUUUCAACAGGCAAGCUCUAUAUGGUUAUGAUCCAGUUUUGACCGAGGAAGAUUUGGAGCCAAACAUUAUCGUGAAGAGUUGUUGGGGUUCUCAGAGAAAGGGAAAAGGUGGCAAUAAGAAGUACAUUGACAAGAAGAGGGAAGCUAAAAGAACUGAAUCCACCAUUCUUAUCUUCAAUACCGAAGACAUCGAGGAAGGCAUCGAAGCGUAUGAUGAAGAGAGUUCGCUUCUGAUGUCUCAAAAGAGCCUAGAGAAGCGAUUUGGUCAGUCCCCAGUUUUUAUUGCAGCCACCUUCAUGGAGCAGGGUGGCAUUCCACCUUCAACCAAUCCUGCAACUCUUUUAAAGGAAGCAAUCCAUGUCAUAAGCUGUGGCUAUGAAGACAAGACAGAAUGGGGCAAAGAGAUUGGAUGGAUCUAUGGUUCUGUGACUGAAGAUAUCUUGACUGGGUUUAAGAUGCAUGCUCGAGGUUGGAUUUCGAUCUACUGCAUGCCACUGCGCCCAGCAUUUAAAGGUUCUGCUCCUAUCAAUCUUUCUGACCGUCUCAAUCAGGUGCUUCGAUGGGCAUUGGGAUCCAUUGAGAUCUUUCUUAGCAGGCAUUGUCCCUUGUGGUACGGCUACAAUGGGAGACUGAAACUUCUUCAGAGGCUAGCUUAUAUUAACACUAUUGUCUACCCUAUUACUUCAAUCCCUCUGAUUGCUUACUGUACUCUUCCUGCAUUUUGUCUUCUCACAAAUAAGUUUAUUAUUCCCGAGAUAAGCAACUUUGCUAGCAUGUGGUUCAUUCUACUGUUUGUCUCCAUUUUUGCAACUUCAAUUCUGGAACUUAGGUGGAGUGGGGUCAGUAUAGAAGACUGGUGGAGGAAUGAACAGUUCUGGGUUAUUGGCGGUACAUCUGCUCAUCUUUUUGCCGUAUUCCAAGGGCUUCUUAAAGUUCUAGCUGGGAUUGACACAAACUUCACAGUCACAUCAAAGGCAUCGGAUGAUGAUGGGGAAUUCGCAGAGCUUUAUGUGUUCAAAUGGACAUCACUUCUCAUCCCUCCCACAACAGUCCUUAUUGUAAACUUGGUGGGCAUUGUGGCUGGUGUCUCAUACGCCAUUAACAGUGGCUACCAAUCAUGGGGACCACUAUUUGGGAAGCUGUUUUUUGCUAUAUGGGUCAUUGCCCAUCUAUAUCCAUUCUUGAAGGGUCUCGUGGGUCGCCAAAAUCGUACCCCUACGAUUGUUAUUGUUUGGUCUAUUCUUCUUGCUUCCAUAUUCUCUUUGCUAUGGGUCAGGAUCGAUCCCUUCACGUCCCACAGCACAAAAGCUUCUUCCAAUGGUCAAUGUGGCAUCGACUGCUAAGUUAUGUUGAAGAUGAGGAUUCUGUAGCAGAGACUGAAAGUCGUUACGUAUGUGUAUAGAAGGAAUUAUCCAAGUCUAUCGGAGGUUACCUGGAGGAUUUGUCUCAAGUGGAAAGGGUUCUGUAGCAUGAAAGCCCCAUUUUGGCAUUUGCCCAACUUAAUGGUUUGUUUUUGUCUGACGAGGUAAUUUUGUUGGGCUGUACUAGUUGUUUGCGUCCGUGUGAUCAUUUUUGUUCACAUUAUACGAAUUAUUUAUGCCAAUAAUUUAAUGGAAGCAAGCAAGGUGCUAUUCGGUGCGUGUUGGGGGAAUGGAACCUUGUCGUAUUGUGAGGUUGGUGGA